AUAUUGAAAUUCUAAAAACCCAUAUAUACUGGGCUUAUAAUCAAAUUAUUUCCGGAAUACCUAACGUAUUUAAUCAAAUCCCAUUCGACGAUCAUUUUACAUUAAAUGAUGAACAGAAGGGCAAUGAACAAAAAAUUGUUAAUGGACAAGAAUUGAAGACUUGGAUGGAGGAUUUUUAUGAGCAUAAAAAUGGAUAUAUUAUAUCUUAUAAUAAAGUUAUUCCAGUAUAUAAUUUGUUCGAAAAUAAAGUCAAACAAAACAUACAAAGAUUUCUUGGAAAAUUUGUUGAAAAAUCUUCAGGGUUUAUUCCACAUAUGGUAGGGUUUGAUGAAAAGGACUUAAAUGCGUGCAAAGAUUUAAAUGCGUGGGUUUCAAAUUUACCAAAAAUUCAUUUAUGUGAUUGGGUUAAGAAUCUGCAUCUACGCCACGGUUUAACUAUUCAAUCAUGCAAGAUAGGGCAUGGGUUUGAAGUUGCUAUUGACUUUAUUGAUAUACCUGAUGUACGCUCGUUAAGUACUUCAUAUAUGCACUUGCGUCAACCUUCCAGUAAAAUGGAGGCUUUUGCAUUAACAAAUCGUAUUAAAUUGGACAUUGACACUAAGAUCCCGUUUUUCUCUACGAAAACAACAGGCGAUAAUCUCCACCCUUUAUUUGAUAAUCAGCAAAUUACUGAAAUUCACUGCUUAAUAGUAUCAGAAAAAGUCAAAUUAAUGAUUGAUGUGGAUAAAGUUAAACCUUCAGAGGAUCUUACAAAUGCAGUAAACGAAGCAAUUGAGAACGAAUUUCCUUUGCAAAGUUUAAAAAAUGGUUUUGAAAAAUUUGGACACCUAUGGCCUCAAAUAAUAAUUCUUGGUUGGAGCUUAUCAAAAGUUUAUAAUCAUAUCGAUAGUAAUGAUAAACCUAUAUCUGACAAAAAGUUUUUCUUGAACACGGAUGAUGAAAUUAUUUUGCAAGAUCAAAUUUUGGGAAUAUUCAAUGACUGGAGUAAAUUAACAAAAGAUCUAAAUGUAUCUUUCUUAGAUCAUACUGGAACUUUUGUGGAGAAAGAGAAUAUAUAUCUUUUAUUAGCAAAACAUUUAGAUAGAUCAUUCUUAAAUCCCAACGAUGAAAUUGUAAAGAAAUAUGAGGAUAUAUAUUUUCUGCGAAGAAAUUUAAAUAAAGACCAAAAUUGGGGAAUACUGAGACUUGAAAAUUUGGUCCCUUUAUAUAAGGUUUUGCCAGAAGCUAUACAGAAUAUUAUAGAAGAUAUAAUUUCAGACAGAUAUCAAAUUUUAAUGACUGGUGCCACAAAAAUUAAUCGCGAAAAUCAAACAUAUGUGAAUAUUCAAUUCGCACAGCCUCUUCAAGAUACUAAUUACGAAAUGUUUGGUCAAAUGAUUGAUAACAACAAUUUAAAUAGAUUAGAUGUAAUGAUACGAUUUAAUUUAGCAACUCAAUAUGGAUGUCGAGCCAUAAUUCAUAAACCAGAAAAUUUAAGAAUUCCUGUUAGUGCAAAAAUUUUUUGGAUAAUUCUUGGCAAAGGACAUGGAUUCUUUAGCAGGCAUACUCGUGAUAUCAAAAUAUUGUAUGGAAAAGAGUUAUUAUCAGGUCAAUUCCCGAUUACGUGCAAUGUUAGCAUAUCAAAUGAUAAGUUACCUGAUUCAUUCGUAUUUGUCACCAGCUUUGAUUCAGACGAUCUUAAUAAAAAUCAGGUUAUUCAAGCCAAUACUGAUGAUGGCUUAAAAUCAAACUUAAGUUUGAAUAUUUCACAAAGUAAUGCUGAAGCCAUACAAAGUAUUGAUUUGAAUAACUUUACAAUGAGAUGGUGUUUAAUCAACACUAAUCAGAAAGAUUUUGCUAUAACUGAUGUUGGAAUGGAGUCUUUUAAUUGGAGUAUUCUCGGAGAAGUUGUAACGGUCGAACCAGAAGAGAGAAUAUGCGUGAAUGUGAAAAGAAAUGAAAAAAUUUCCAAGGUAAUACCAAAUCUAAAUCAAAAAGUUUCAGAAGCAACGUUCCCUACUCCAAAACAAAGUAUUAAAAGUCAGAUAAAUAUGAACUUAACGACGGGAGAAAUUCAUGAUUUAUAUAAAACAAAAAUACCAGAGAAAUCAUUAGUUGAUUAUUCAGAAUUGGAAGACGAUUUGAAGAGUAUCGGGGCAAAAAGCUUUAAUUACUCACAAUUUAGUGAAAUAAAAAAGAUUGGGAGUGGGGGAUCUGCAGUCGUGUACUCUGCUAUUUUUCAAGAAAAGAAAUAUGCUCUGAAAAGUCUAAAUAAUAAUUUGUCAUCGGAUUACAAAAGAUUCAAGCAAAUAAUGCGUGAGCUUAAAAAUUUGUAUAAAACAAGUCAUCCAAACAUUAUUGAACUCUUUGGAAUUUCAAUAG